UUUAUUUAAGUAAAUAUGACUGGCAAUACGUAACAAAAAAGGACAGUAAAAGACUUCAAGGAUUACGAAAUAAUCAAGUACGAUGGCCUCGAGGAAAAAUGCUUGGUGGGUGCAGUUCCAUAAAUGCGAUGUUUUACGUAAGAGGAAACGAUUAUGAAUUUGAUACUUGGGGUAAACAAGGAAAUCCAAGCUGGACGUCGGAAAAUGCAAACUACUAUUUUAGAAAAGCUGAAAACUUACAAGAUAUGAAACUUAACGAAGAUCCCUCGGUUUGCUCAGCAUAUGGUCAUGAUGGACCGCUUGUGGUUAAUACCUUUAAUUCAUCGUAUUCAGAAACUGUACAAAACGUAUUAGAUUCAUGGAAUCACAUUGGAGUUAAAAAAGUACUUGAUAUUAAUGCUGCCAAAUAUCAGGGACGUGGUUUAUGUGCCGUAGCUAGAGCAAUUGCUGCGAAUGGAGUAAGACAAAGCACUUAUAAAGCUUACUUGUCUACAGCUACCGACAGAAGUAAUCUGAAAAUUGUUACAAAUGCUUUUGUAACCAAAAUAUUAAUUGAUGAUAACGGGCAAGCCUACGGUGUCGAGUUUGAAAAAAAUGGUAAACAAGAAACGGUUUAUGCUGGUAAGGAAGUUAUUGUUAGUUGUGGAGCUGUAAAUACUCCCCAACUAUUAAUGUUGUCGGGAGUUGGCCCUAAAAAUCACCUGUUAUCGAAAAAUAUAUUCUGUAAAGCUGAUUUGCCUGUUGGUAAGAAUUUGAUAGACCACUCAUACAUUCCUGUUAUAUUUUACGGUGAUAAACCAGGGCCAGACAAAUUUGACCGAACGUACGAGGCAAUGAAAUACCUAUAUGAUAAAACCGGAUUGUUAGCACAGGGAAAUAUAGCAAAUAUGGGUGCUUUUUACUCUAGAAAUGAAAGUCUGAGUUACCCUGAGUUCCAAAGCCACCUUAUAAUAUUUCCACAAAAAUCUUCUGUGGAUGCCGCUCGCGCGUAUCUUAAUGUUUUCAAAGACAGUGUAGUAGAUUCUAUGACACGAUAUCAUGAAAAUAAAACAAUGUACAUUUGCACCAUGCAUGUAUUACAUCCAGAGUCCAGUGGCUCCAUAUAUUUACGAUCAUCAGAUCCACACGAUCAUCCAAUUAUUGAACCCAAUUAUUUGGGCGAUUACAGAGACGUUCGAGCAUCAGUCGACGGUAUAAAAAUCAUUACAAAAUUAUUAGAUACUCCAUAUUUUAAAUCAAUUAACGCUUUUAUUCCUAGAAUUAAUGUGCCACCAUGUAGUAAAUACGAAUACCCAAGUGAUCAGUACUGGGAAUGUUAUUCAAGACAUAUGACACACACUGUCUUCCAUCCUUUAAGAACAGCAAAAAUGGGUCCAAAUCCAAGAGAUUCAGUCGUAAAUAACUACUUACAAGUUCAUGGCAUUGACUUUUUACGUGUUAUAGAUGCUAGUAUAAUGCCGACUCAGACUAGUGGUAACACUAUGGCACCUACCAUCAUGGUUGGAGAAAUGGGCGCUGACAUGGUCAAGAACGACUAUUUUGUGCAGUAGAUAACUGAUAUUACUUAUGAAUCUAACUUAUU